AAAAAAAAAAUUAAAAAAAAAAAAUGCGCUUGAUGACCCAUUAAUUUCUUGGAUCUAGAGACUCACUAACUAUGCCAGUCGCUCCCAUUUUCAUUGUAGUUUCGAGUAUUAUUUCCAGGUCAAAAUUUCAGUUUCCUGUGUGGCUUGUUUGUAGGCUUCUAAAAAUGGCCGGUGAUGGAGGCGCUCUGAAGGAUAUCAAUGAGAUUAAAUCCCAGUUCAGGACUAGAGAGGGUUUUUACAAACUACUGACCCUCUCGGAUUCACAACAACGAGGCGGACUACCUCGGGGUCUGUCCGCAGGUACCACGGUGGGCCCCGGGGGUGGACCGGGUUCGAUACCCGGUGGUGGUGUAGGUGUGGUGCAGGGGCCCGGAGCUGCCUCCAGCAAUGCCGCAGCCAACUCCUCUCCGGCGGGAUUCCUCCCUCCUGUCCGGGUCUCCAUGGUGAAGCUUCAGCCGGAGGACCCGAGCGAAGAAUCCGAGAGAGUGUGUUUUAACAUCGGAAGAGAGCUUUAUUUCUACACCUACACAAAUAUAAAGAAAGCUGUGGACCUCAGUAAACCUAUAGACAAGCGUAUCUACAAGGGCACCCAGCCCACCUGCCAUGACUUCAACCAGUACUCUGCCACAGCAGACAGUGUGGCCCUCAUUGUGGGCUUUUCAGCAGGCCAGGUUCAAUACCUGGACCCCAUUAAGAAGGAGACAAGCAAGCUCUUCAAUGAGGAGAGGAUGAUAGACAAGUCCAAGGUAACCUGUCUGAAAUGGCUGCCCAAGUCAGAGAACCUGUUCCUGGCCUCAUACGCCAGUGGUCACCUCUACCUCUACAACGUGGAGCACCCGUGUGGCACCGCCGCCCCGCAGUACUCCCUGCUCCGCCAGGGCGAGGGCUUUGCCGUCUACGCCUGCAAGACGAAGACACCCCGAAACCCGCUGCUGCGCUGGGCCGUAGGAAACGGAGGCCUUAAUGAGUUUGCCUUCUCGCCGGACGGCGUGCAUGUGGCGUGCGUGGGCCAGGACGGCUGCCUGCGCGUCUUUCACUUUGACUCCAUGGAGCUGCAGGGCGUGAUGAAGAGCUACUUCGGCGGCCUGCUGUGCGUCUCCUGGAGCCCCGAUGGCAAAUACCUGGCCACGGGCGGCGAGGACGACCUGGUGACGGUGUGGUCGUUUGCGGAGAGCCGCGUGGUGGCCCGGGGACACGGCCACAAGUCCUGGGUGAACGUGGUGGCCUUUGACCCCUUCACCACCAGCCUGGAGGACGAGGAGCCCAUGGAGCUGAGUGGCAGCGAGGAGGACCUACAGCAGGGGCCGCUGCACUUUGGCCGCGUGCGCACCAGCAGCACGCUGUCACGCCUCUCCCGCCACAGCUCCAAGGGCGGCUCGCCCUCUGUCACCUACCGCUUCGGCUCGGUGGGCCAGGACACACAGUUCUGCCUGUGGGACCUGACGGAUGACGUGCUGUACCCGCGGCUGCCCCUGUCCCGUGCCCUCACCAACACCUUCGGUCCCGCCAUCCCCUCCUCUGUCAGCGGCACCAUCAACAACACUACAGGCGGAGGGAGUGGGGGGGUCGUAGGCGGGGUAGAGGGCCACCACCACCCCACCACUAACCCCCACCAGCCCCCCACCAUGCCCCUGCCACUCCCCCGCUCGCUGUCGCGCUCCAACUCCCUCCCGCACCCCGCCGUGGCCAACGUCUCUAAGGGCCAGAGCACGACAGAGGGCGGGGGAGGGAGCGGAGGGGGCAACGCCACCCCUUUCAGUAUCGGCCGCUUCGCCACACUCUCCCUGCAGGAGCGGAAGUCGGACAAGUCUGGAGGGAGUGGGGUGGGCGGGGAGAAGGAGCACAAGCGCUACCAUAGCCUGGGAAACAUCAGCAAGAGCAAUGACAAGAUCAACGUAGCGCCACGCAGCAGUCGCCUGGACGCCGCCAAGGUCCUGGGCACCACCCUGUGUCCGCGGAUGCACGAGGUGCCCCUGCUGGAGCCCCUGGUGUGUAAGAAGAUCGCCCAUGAGAGGCUGACCGUACUGGUGUUCAUGGACGACUGCAUCAUCACCGCGUGCCAGGAGGGCCUCAUCUGCACCUGGGCACGGCCGGGUAAAGCGGUGAGUCCUGCGAACUUGACAGCACAGAACGGGAACUCUCCCAGUGGCACGGUAGUAUAGCUGGAAGUGGAACUUUACACUCCCUCCUCCCCCCACCAAACCCCCAUCUUGGCUGAAGAGGGGCCAGCAUCUGCACUCGAUCAUCACAGUAUUGCACCCCUGAUGUAUUCCCUUGCCUCUCACCGCUUCUCUUUAGAAAGACUACAAAGCAAAAUGGGGACCGUCCCUCUUUUCCCAGAAGCAUAGAGAAGGCAGACUCCUCUCCACCCUGCUAACACUACGAAAGUCAGUCAUUUUUUUUUAUUUAUUUACCUUAUCACAAGACUGAAGUAAUUUAUAUUGUAAAUAAUUAUACGAAUACUCUAUAAAUUCAGAGGAUAAAGAGUAUCGAAAUAAUGACUCAAGCGAGUGAAAAAAAAAUAGAAUAAUAUUACUAUAUGUAGAUCCUAUAUUGUACAUAGCGACACAGUUAACAUUGAAUGUCUGCAGUUAGGGACCUGAAGAUGUAGUGUUUCUGUGUGAUAGAGGUCCUUGAUUUGUCAUGUCCCUUGAAGCAAACUGGUUUGGUUUGUCGAUAAAGAUGGACGCAUUUAGGGUCUUCGGCAUCAAAGACUUUGACCCUGGUGCAGUACGGAGAGCAAUCUUCCUAUGGCUGUUACUACACUCUUCAGCUGAGACUGUCCGCUGCCAGGUAUACUUGUACCUAACACGACUGCACAGAGUGACACACUGUACACAAGUACACACUGUACACAAGUACACACUGUACACAAGUACACACUGUACACAAGUACACACUGUACACAAGUACGCUUUCGAUCAGUGUAGCUUCCAAUAGGCUCCAUUCCACUCACACCUGCAAUGCCUCUUGCAAGAUUUUGCACAUUCGACAGUCAUAAUUUUAGCCCACAGAAGGAAACUAGAUGCAGUUUGUCUUGUUGUGAUUUUUUCUUUUGUGUUAUGUUAAUUUAUUUCAAGUCAUUUCAAGCUACUGAUUCUAACGGGACUGUAUUAUUUGUGGAUUCUCUGCACGUGAUAUCCAUGAUAUUCUACCAACCUGUGGGCCUUGCAUCAAACCAUUGUUUUACCUAGAAAUGAUUUUGUGUGGGUUUUGAGGUUCGGUAUGCUGAAAGGCAUGCGACAACAAAUGAGUCAAAGCUACUAGUGUAAUAACACCAGACUAGAAAUGGUGGUGGACCAACAACAAACAUGUGGAGAAGAAGUGACUUUGUGUGUUUUUAAGAUCUGGCCAGUUAAGAUAAGAACACUGUUGGUAACAGAACUGUUUGCUCUGGCAAGUUCAAGGAGCUACCCUCUUAUUAGUGUAUGUCCUAAUAACAGUUGUGAAAUAGCAAAAGGUGACACUAAACCCAAGACUCAAAUAAUUGAAUGUACACUGAAGACUACCAUCUGAUUGGAUGCCUUGUUCAAUACUGCAAGACGAUGGGAACUAACCAUUUUAUGCCAAGGGAAGAAAAUCAUUUCCAUUUGUUUUUCUUUUUGACCGUUUUACAGCAAACCAUAGCAUGUAAUGUUUAAUUCAGUGUGCAUUAUACAUAUGCCUGAGGUGAUGAAGUUAGUGGCAAAUGACAUCACAGUAUCAAGUUUGUAUAUGGAGAUCUGUUAAUAAAAUUCUAAACCCAAA